UGGCGCGCGCCGCCGCCGCGGUGUGACGUCACGCGGGCGGCCCGUGACGUGGCGGGGCGCGCCCGGCGGGGACGAUGCUGAGCCGGCUGCAGGAGCUGCGCAGGGAGGAGGAGACGCUGCUGCGGGUCAAGGCGGCGCUGCACGACCAGCUCCGCCGGCUGCGGGAUAUUUUCCAGAGGUUAACAGCUGAAGGCAGAGCCGUGGGGAGGCAGCGCCGGGCGGGCUGUGCGCGCUGCCGGCAGUGCUCAGUGCGGUCCCUGCAGGUGGAGGAGCUGGCGCUGCAGUCCAUGAUCAGGGCCGGCGAGGAGAACGUCCCCGUGGCCCUGCCAGCCCUGGCCGAGGACACCCAGCAGACUCUUGGGCAGAUGGACAAUGAGGCUGCCAUCAAUCAAACUGAGUUACACCUCAGUCUUCGGGAUGAUAAGGAGGAGGAGGAGGAAGAGGAGGAAGAAUCCGAUUCUUGAGAGAAAAAAAUCAGAGAUGGUUUUUAAUACAGACUCAGGAAUUUCUUCUUCAUUCACCUGAAACUCACCAAGUGGUUUCCAUUUUGUGCUGUGUGUGGGUAUGAACUGUGUGACACACCAGAGUGGAGGGCAGUGACACUGAACACGUGAACUUCCCAGGCUGGGCACAUCUUGACUCAGAUGUUGAAUGAAAGAAUGAAAAUCUGCUGCACAAAUAUGUAGCACAAUCCAUUCCACAUUUCAAACCUAAUGUAGCUCUUACAACAUCUUUGUACGUGGAAGGGAGAAGCAAUUGAUCAUCCAGACCAAUUAACACUUGCACUGAAAGCAAUAACUUGUCUGUUCUCACUUCCUGAUGUGAGAAACAAACGCAGGUCCUGGAGGCUGCUGCUGCCCCAGUGAUUACAUUCUAACCUCAUUUGCCUAAACUGGCAAUUUCGGAUACAGGUGAGAAAAGAUGUGUCCAAGGCUGUCUCCAGCCUUCAGCUGCUGUGUUCUCAGUUCCAUGGAAAGCUGGAGUUACUCCCAGAGUCUUCCCAGAGUCAGCCCAGUUCUGAGCACAGCAGGGAGGUCUCUCUGUCCCCCUGGUGCUCUUCAGUUCUAUCAGUCUGUCCCACAGAAGGACUUUCUACUUCUGCUCCUUCAGAGCAGCAGCCAAAGGAGCCUUUUAUUUGUCCACAAAUUGUAGACUAAGAACUGAUCUGUGGUGCUUGUACUAAGCUAAUACUCUUAAAUUGGUGUUACUUUAUUUUUCUCUCAUUGUAACCUCAUAAAUCAAGGCCAGGUUGCCUGCUUUCCUGUGAUUCUCAAGGAGCAGCAUGAGGAGUUUAAGAACUUAGUUAUAAAUGGAAAGUGAUGUGAAAUCUCCACAAUUUUUGCAUUUGGAAAAGUGUCUGGUGUCCUGGGGGUGGUCAGAGCUGACAUUCAGCCUCCAGUGAAUCCCUGCCCUGUUAAUGAGUGUUAAUUUGGCUCUUGUUUGGUUUGUACCAUUGGAAACUGCUGGGAUGUAAAUGUGGCUUCAUCGUGUACUAAAGGCUAUUUGGGUUUUGAGGAUCCUGGAUGUCUUAAUGAAGGAGUUCAGAACAGGACUGAAGAUUGUUUAACAAAGCUUUCCCAAGCCUGACAGGUAAAAAACCCCCAAAAGUCUGAGCCAAAACUGCUAUGGACAAAUAAGCCCUUGCAGUGAUGUGUGUGAAGAGCUGGUUUGGGAGGAGCCCAGGAGCCACCCAGGCCUUUCUUAGCACAUUUCAACUCCAGAGGGUAAUUCUGACUGUUGAAAAAUGUUAUUUGUGCCCAGCAUGGUCCAGAGUAGUUUUCAUGGAUAGAAUUCCUGCUGCUUUUGUGAAUGAGUGCUUUUGGAUUUUAACAGCCCAGUUCUAGUGCAUGUUGCAAUAAAGUUCUUUUCCUGCUGUCCUUACAA